GCCUGCGCGAUCGGCCUGUAACCUUGGUGGCUUUUGGCUCAAGGGGGCGUUUACCUAGUUCGUAUUUUCUUUUGCAGAAGUAUCCCUGUCUCCCAGUUGUAUAUAUGUUUCAAGAGGACCCCUUGAUCUCUCACCAUGUUUUUUUGACAAUCAGCCUGGGAUAGACUGAACAAUUGAUCCAACACCAUCCACUAUGAAACAUACGAUCUCUUUUAGAAUGUGGGAGAUGAAGAGAGGCUUGAUCAUCAAACUCUAUCAAGAGGAAGAAUGGCCUUUAAAACAAGUUCUUAAAAGAAUUCGUUCGGAGACAUUCAACCCAAGUGAGACUCAAUUACGGAGUCGCUUGAAGAAAUGGGGUGUCACCAAGCUAUCUCGUCGCCGCAGUCAGAACAAGUUUAUCAUGAGUCACCAUGAAGACCUGAGCAAUGAGAGCGGCUUCAAGUCGCCUCUUCACAGUGGGGAUGAAAUGGUACAUUCAGCAACCAUGAGCCAUUCUACAUCUAGGGACGACUUUUAUACGCCUGAAAGGGGUGAUACUAUGCAUGAUACGCAAAAAGCGACUGGAACUAUGCCACACAAUGCUUUCCAUUCUUCUGCUACAGCCAUGUCAGCGAUCAGCCCAUCUUGGGAGUAUCAUGAUGUUUCUCCUGGAUACGGUCCACGGUAUAUACAUCCUGGUCUCGACUAUUACAACCCCGCGAUGGAGCGUUCAAGAGCGGAACUAUCAUCCUCACCAUGGGCCAUGAAUAUGAGCUAUGUUAUGCUACCAGAGGAUGACUCUGCUGCUCGGUUCUACACUACUGCACACUCUGGCAUGUUCAUGCACCAGCCAGCGCAGGCCACGGCUUUCCCAACUCAAUCGGAUUGGUUUCACACUCCAGAAUGCCAAUUGAUAUACCAGCCAUCAUAAUCAUAAUGUACCCUCCGCCAUGGUACCAGACGACCUUCUUUUACACCCUUAAUGCGCUUGAACCGACAUGUGUCUUUGUUAUUUUCAUACCCCGAAUUGUCUAAUAUAUCCAAUAUAUCCUUUUGUCGUGAGUUUGAGAUGUAUAAGC